GGUGAAGGUGGCCUUUCGAUUUACACACGUAUCUUAAUACACGUAUCUCAAGUUUGCAUCUAUCCUAGCUUCUUGAUCGUAUUGCGAUUUCCAUUCUUUACUCCACGCUGAGCUCGGGCAUUCCAAUGCGGCGUCUACGGUGAUUUUAUACAAUUCUCGCUAUUGGUUCUGGUUUUACCUUGCCAUUGACUUUUCCUACGGCCUACCUACCUACAUAACGUAGGUACUAAAAAAUAGACCUGGUCAAGGUUUUGUUCCCGUCGCGCAGAACUCGAGUUGAUCUGACCUGCGCAACCUAUCCGACAUGCCUCCGAAAUCGAGAUUCACAAGGCUAGAUGCCUUUACCAAGACCGUUGAGGAUGCGCGCAUACGAACUACCUCGGGCGGAAUCGUCACCAUCGUAUCCCUGAUCAUCGUUCUCUAUCUUGCCUGGGGGGAAUGGUCCGACUACAGGAGGAUAGUUAUCCACCCCGAACUUAUCGUCGACAAAGGCAGAGGAGAGCGCAUGGAAAUUCAUAUGAACAUCACCUUCCCAAGGCUGCCUUGCGAGCUCCUAACCCUUGACGUGAUGGAUGUCUCUGGUGAGCAACAGCAUGGUGUUUUACAUGGUGUGAAGAAAGUCAGACUGCAACCAAUUACGCAAGGCGGCGGCGUCAUCGAUGUGACCACUUUAUCUCUUCAUGGCAAAGAAGAAACCGCUGAGCACCUAGAUCCCAACUACUGCGGCCCCUGCUAUGGCGCCCCUGCUCCCGCUAACGCCGCGAAACCCGGCUGCUGUAAUACCUGUGACGAGGUUCGGGACGCGUACCAGCAGGCGUCUUGGGCUUUUGGUAGGGGUGAAGGUGUCGAGCAAUGCUUGCGGGAACACUACGCCGAGAGGUUGGACGAGCAGAGACACGAGGGGUGCCGAAUUGAGGGCGCGAUUCGCGUCAACAAGGUUAUUGGUAACUUUCACUUUGCGCCGGGUCGAAGUUUCAGCAGCGGCAACAUGCACGUUCACGAUCUGAAGAACUACUGGGAUAGCCCGGUUCGUCACUCAUUUGAGCACGAGAUCCACCAACUUCGCUUCGGACCUCAGCUCCCCGAAGACAUCACGCGGAAGCAUGCCAAAAACAGCCCUUGGACUAACCACCACAUCAACCCUCUUGACCAAGUCAAGCAGACUACCGAGGAUCCCGCCUUCAACUUCAUGUACUUUGUCAAAGUUGUCCCUACUGCGUAUCUUCCCCUAAGCUGGUCGACGGCGAACGGACAUAACAGACAACUUGACGACGAGAUCUGGUUGGGAGGCCUGGGCCACGCAACUGAUGGCAGCAUGGAGACUCAUCAGUACUCGGUCACAAGCCACAAGCGAAGCUUGGCUGGCGGCGAUGACGCAGCUGAGGGUCACCAAGAACGGAUGCACGCGAGAGGCGGUAUCCCAGGUGUAUUCUUUUCUUACGAUAUCUCUCCAAUGAAAGUGAUCAACCGCGAGGAACGUGCUAAAACAUUCACCGGCUUUCUAACAGGUCUAUGUGCUGUGAUCGGUGGUACGCUGACAGUAGCUGCGGCGGUUGAUAGGGGUGUAUACGAAGGUGCGACGAGGCUGAAGAAGCUUCAAUCAAAAAAUCUUUAGAGGGUGCUACUAGGUACUAUUUCAAGUGUAAAUUAAAUGCCUAGUUAUGAUGGGUUCUUUUGCUUGUUUCCGUAACGCAUAGGAAAAUGGAGUUGCCGGUUAGGUUUGGAAAUCAGUCUUAUCAGUCUUCCUAAUUGAGAUGCUCAAGUGUAAUGUUCCGCUAGUAGUUGUUAUUUUAAACUUGUGUCGAGAGUCAGCAUUGGCUUGUUUAGGGUAAUAUGUUUUUGCUUUUUGUGGAAGGAUUUGACUGCUCUCGAUAUAGCAUUUAAAGUUGUGGUGGCUUAGAUAAACACCUUUGAAUAGCACACGACCUUUAA